CCUGCAAGUUGCAACAAAUCUGGCUCCAAGAUUGGGCCCCCAUUUCCAAGCUACAAGCCCGCCGCCGCCGCCGGCGACUAUGCCAUUGUCGACCCUGCCCUCAUCCUCCUCCUCCGCCGUCGCCCGUCUCCGGCGACCCGCAUACCACCUCGCUUAUGUUAAGGUCUCUCUCUUUGCUACUCCUCCACUCAUCGCUCCCCUCCAGGCCGACCCCAUCUAGGCUCCUCUCUUCCGCCGCCGCCGCCGCCGCCACCACAGCCACCUCCGUAUCCGCCUCCGGUGCUCUAAAUGGCCGCGCGCAUGGAACCGUCUCUGCCGUGCUGGAGAUCGUCGGCCCCAUCGAGCUCCUCUUCCCGGCCUCCGAGGCGCACCUCUACGUGCGCAUCGUGCGGCGCUGCGCGCGCGAUGCCCUCGCCGCGGGCGCCGCCGCCGCCCACGCGCACGUAGUUAAACGCGGAUUUGCGUCCGACGUUCUCGUAUCCAACGUCCUUCUGGAUGCGUAUGCCAAAGGAGGCUCCCUGACGGCCGGACGCCAACUGUUCGACGAAAUGGCACACAGGGACGUCGUGUCCUGGUGUACCAUCAUUGCCGCGCACGCCAACCGCGGGCUCGUCGUUGAGGCAAUUGAGAUAUUCAAGGAGCUCUUGUCCUCUGAUCAGGUGAAGCCAAACCGGUUUGUCAUCUCGUCAGUGCUGAAUGCAUGUGCCAGGUCUGGUGUCAUGGAGCUUGGGCUCAUGGUUCAUGGAUUGGUGGUCAAGUCUGGCUUGGGUGUCGAUAGGUUCGUGGAAGUUGGAUUUGUCGACAUGUACGCGAAAUGUGGCAAUGUGGGUGAUGCUUUUAGGCUGUUUAAUAAAAUUCCAGUGAAGAGCUCUGUUGCUUGGAAUGCAAUGAUUUCUGGUUUUGUUGAGAACAGUUGUUUCAUAGAGGCUGCUGAGCUUUUUCAAGAUAUGCAUAGAGUUGGCAUGGCAAUGGAUGUGGUGACGUUGAGGGUAGUAGCUGGUGUUGCGGCUGUUCUGGGAACAUUCAAUCUUUCUAGAAACAUUCAUGUUUACGCACUUAAAGUGGGCUUGGGAGUAGAUUGUUUUGUUGUGUGUGAACUGAUCAAGUCAGCUGGGAGGGUAGGUGAAACUCAGUACAUUGGAAAGCUUGUUGCUGCAGUUAGAAGGCCUGAUGUGUCUUUGUAUUCUUUGGCUAUCUCAAGCUAUCACUCAAAUGGUUGUCGGGAUGAAGCAGUGAAACUUGCAGAAGUUUUUCUUUCUUCAGGUCUCAAUUUGAGAGAAGGAGACAUGGUUACAGUGCUAAACAUAUGUCAAAUAGAAGAGGAGGUUCAACAAAUGCACGCUUUUACUUUGAAAACCGGAAGGUUUUGUUAUACUAAUGUAUGCAAUGCUCUGAUGUCGGUAUAUUCUGAACUUGGAUCACUUUUGUGUGCGGAAUCAAUCUUCAAAACUAUGCAAUCACCAGACAUUGUAUCAUGGGCUGGAGUCAUGGCAGGCUGUGUCAAGAACCUCCAAUAUGAAAGAGCAUGCAGUUACUUUAGGGAGUUAAGUGAUGCUGGAGCACCUCUAGAUCAGCAUUGUAUUGCUACUGUCAUAAAUGCCUGCACCAGUCUUCAGGACUUGGAUAAGGGAAUGCAGAUUCAUUCUUUAGCUCUUAAACUUGGGCUGCUACUUGCUGAUUUCGUCAGUGCAUCACUAGUAAACAUGUAUGCAAAAUGCCAUAGCAUUGAGGGUGCUGUUGAGUUAUUCUCCCAUGCGCUGUUCCCACGAAAUUUAGUUGUAACUAAUGCCAUGCUUUCUGGAUAUUCCAGGAAUUUCAUGCCAGAGAAAGCUCUGCUGCUCUUUUACAGGGAAUAUCAGUUUGGUCUGUGUCCUGACCAGUUCACUUUGUCAAUUGUUCUUGGUGCAUGUUCUGAUAUAGGAGCAAAGAAGGCUGGUGAGCAGAUCCAUGGCUACCUUGUAAAAUAUGGUUCUGGAUACUUGGAUGUCAUUAUUGGAAAUGCUAUCAUAGACUUUUAUGUCAAGUGCGGAUGCAUUGCUAGUGCUUGUAGAUUCUUUCAUAGCAUGAAGAGUUGGAACAUCAAUUCAUAUGCCAUGUUAAUGUUGGGUUAUAUUCAGAACAGAUGCAGUGAUGAAGCUCUUCAGCUUUUCUCUAAGAUGCAGCACAGUGGAUUGCGUGCAAAUCGUGUCACCUUUGCAAGAAUCUUACGGGGUUGUGCUGAUCUGUGUGCUAUUGAUUUGGGAAGACAACUGCAUGCUUCCAUCAUAAAGAUGGGUCUGCUUUCUGAGGUAUAUGUCACAAAUGCACUUGUAGGAAUGUACACAAAAUCUAAUGUUUGGACCGAAUCGAGAAGAAGUUCUCAAGAAACUUUGGCAGGAAAUGUUCCAGAACAAGAUACCACAGAUAAUUUUAGUUCAGAACAAAGGUAUGCAAGCAGCACUCUUGAAGAAGUUGGAUUGUUCACAUUGGAUGAAGAGAAUGACCAUGUAAGUUUGGCUGAUGCAUGGAAGAUCUACAUUGCUGCUGCUUCUCAAUUUAAUGGAAGUCCACUUCCCACUCAUAUGGUUGGCCAUGAACUUGGGAUCAAGACCAACAUAGGGAAUGGAAAAAAUGCCAAUUACAAUGGGAGUAAGCUUUGGCUAAAUUACAAGGAUGGCAACUAUCAGGGAAAUAGAUAUGGAUCAGUUAAGUUAUUUAACUUAUUUCAAGAGGGCAGCAAAAAAUCUGAUCAUCUAGUCCUGGUUGUUUCCAUUGAUAGUAUAAAUUCAAAGAUGAAGGAUGUAGGAUUUGUUAAUGUGGAACCAGUGAAAAGAUAUGGCAGUGUCCCUGCACUUGGUUUUCCUCCUUGACAAACUAUAGUGCAUGACCAGUACUAGAGAUUUCGCCUGCUAUUCUUUAUUCAGCAAAACUGAACUGCCAUGUUAACAUAUUGGCACGCAACGAAAACCAACUAUAAGCAUAGGCCAGAGUGCACGCAUCAGCAAACUUCUCAGAUCGACUCAAGUGUAUGAACUAUGAAGUUCACAUGCUGAAUGGCUCAAUUGCAUGUAAGAAUAGAUCAGAACAUUAGCCGGCUGGCAAAAACAGGAGACACGCUCCUCAAAUAUUUCCAAAUGAGGGGAAAGUAAGCUGGGGAAAAUCAGCUUUAGCUCUGAACGUUGAUUGAAAUGAGAACACGUGGAUCAGCGGAUGUAUUUUGGCGACAUGUGGGUUUGAUAAUCUAUGACCAACUGGCAUUGUGUCUUUCACGUAAUGCCUACCAGCUCCUGUGUACCUGCAUUAAACUUGCAUGAAAUGGAUACUACAGCAGAAGGAACAAAAUUGAAGAAUGGGGUGAAUUUUGAUGCAUCAUUCCUAGCUAUCAUCUGCAAAUUCAACAACUUCAACGGCCUGAAAGGAGAAUCUAAGGUACCCACAGCACCGCUCAGUGUCUGAAGCAAGAAACUUUGAGGUUUUUUGCCACUACAUCACCUAACUGCCAUGCACCUUGUUUUUGGUUGGUGCAUCAGGAUUAUACUGUAUUGUAGUACUGGCUUGAUUCUUUAAACUGUCUAUAGAGAGCAUUAGCUUUAGGUGUAGUGUUGCUUACACUGGUACUGUAUAGGCUGGAUUCAGCUGCUGGUGCUUGAAACUUUUUCGAGCAACAAUGUGAAGGUCUCCCGUGUGAUCAUUCACCAGUCCUACAAACCCAGAUGUUGCUGCUGCUAAGAGAAUGGCAACCUAAUCAAAAUCAAUACAAAGGAAGAAGCACCUUGAUCGAGCGUGAGAGGCUUUUGAAGGUUUGGCCCUACUUCAAACUGAAAUUGAAGCCGAACAUAGAUUAACAGAGAGGUUAGCAGAGAGUACCCUCGUGGGCUUGCAACUGUGCACUUUGAACCUCAGCUUCUCUGAGAGGCCCAAAUUUGGCGCGACUUUGAUUCGAGGGAAUUGUUUGCUCGAUUUGGUCAAUGCUCAAAUCAUGUUUGUAUUGGCACAUGGUAGGAAGAAACAAUGAAUACUGUUCCGUUUAUUUCAAGAGGGUGCCAGCUCUCUUUUUGUUUCCACA